AUGGCACAGUCUCAAGGUAUAAAGCAAGGUUGGUGGCACAAGGUUUUUCCUAGAAGCAAGGUGUUGAUUAUUUUGAAACCUUUAGUCCAGUGGUUCCAAGAGCUUGGAACUUUAAGUUCACAAGCUAUCUACCUGCAAUGGGUUUUAAACCUUCAACAUCAGACUCCAGUUUAUUUGUCAAACAGUGUGUUCAAGCUCAAAGAUAUUGGCAGAUUGACAUAUUUUCUUAGCUUGCAGAUCAAUUACAAGUCCAAUGGAGAUAUUUGUGUUAAUCAGUCUAAGUAUGUCAAAGAUCUUCUUCACAAAGCUGGUAUGGACUCUUGUAAAUCAGCAUCAACACCAUGUAAACCUUAUAAUUCUUUGCUCCUCACUGAAGGAGAGCCAUUAUCAGAUCCCAGUUUAUAUAGAACUAUUGUUGGUUCAUUGCAAUAUCUCACCUUCACAAGGCCAGAUAUUGCAUAUGCAAUCAACACUGUCUGUCAGUUUAUGGCUAAACCAACUGAGGUUCAUUUUGGGGCAGUUAAAAGGAUAUUAAGGUUUUUAAAAGGAACUAUGCAGCAUGGUAUCACAUUCUCAGCUAAUACAGAAGUAAGGAUUAACGCAUUUAGUGAUGCAGAUUGGGAUGCAGACUUGAAUACCAGAAGGUCUAUCACUGGAUAUGUUAUAUAUAUUGACUGCAAUCCAGUUUCUUAG